AUGCAGAUUGUCUCUGAGGAUGUACUUGCCAUAGAGCGGGUCAACGAGACCCUGGUGAGAGAGUUCAUCUUCCUUGGCUUCUCAUCCCUGGCCAGGCUGCAGCCGCUGCUCUUCGUGAUCUUCCUGCUCCUCUACCUGUUCACGCUGGGCACCAAUGCCAUCGUCGUUUCCACCACCGUGCUGGACAGAGCCCUUCACAUCCCCAUGUACUCCUUCCUCGCCGUCCUCUCCUGCUCCGAGACUUGCUACACCUUCGUCAUUGUACCCAAGAUGCUGGUCGACCUGCUGGCCCCGAAGAAGACCAUCUCCUUCCUGGGCUGUGCCAUCCAGAUGUCUGCCUUCCUCUUCCUCGGCUGCUCCCACUCUUUCCUGCUGGCAGCCAUGGGCUACGAUCGCUACGUGGCCAUCUGUGACCCCCUGCGCUACUCAGUGCUCAUGGGCCGUGGGGCGUGCGUGGGGCUGGUGGCUGCGGCCUGUGCCUGUGGCUUCACAAUUGCACAGAUCAUCACGUCCCUGGUAUUUCACCUGCCCUUCCACUCCUCCAACCAACUUCACCACUUCUUCUGUGACAUCCGUCCUGUCCUCAAGGUGGCUUCUCACCAGACCCACCUCAGUCAGAUUGUCAUCUUCAUGCUCUGUGCCCUGGUCCUGGUAAUCCCCCUGUUACUGAUUUUGGUUUCCUAUAUUUGCAUCAUCUCUGCCGUACUCCAAUUUCCUUCCCCCUUAGGCAGGUGCAAAGCUUUCUCCACCUGUGCUUCUCACCUCAUUGUUGUCACUGUCCAUUAUGGCUGUGCCUCCUUUAUUUACUUACGGCCUAAGUCCAACUACUCCUCAAGCCAAGAUGCUCUUAUAUCGGUGUCCUAUACUAUCCUCACUCCGUUGUUCAAUCCGACAAUUUACAGCUUGAGAAAUAAAGAGUUGCGAUCAGCUCUUCGUAGAGUUGUGGGGAGAGCUAUUUCCCUGCGACAACAUUAA